AUGUCUAGCUUGUUCAACUACCAUAGGAAACCAGCUGGGAACGGUAACGCGAUGAGAAAGCAUUCCAGACAUUCGCUGCGCCUGUCUGCACUGUUUCACUCGCGUCAUUCCACUGGAGACUCAGAGGUGCUAUGCGACUCUCCUGCCUCCGCCGGCACGAACAUAGUUUUCUGCGAAGUGCAGUCGAACGCGCCUCUUCCAAUAUUGCACAGCUCCCCGCAAAACGAUCGCGCCUUCUCUAACACAGAUACCGAGUCUACUGAUCCUUUGCCUGCGACAGAAGGCGAAGACUGUGUUGUCGCGGAUGCUAUGAAUGCAGUAUCCUCAGUCAUGAGCCAUCAUCCGCGACUGAACACAGGCUCCCUCAGUCUAGACAUUGCUGCGACCGCCCUUAAAGUUGGACAGGAUGUCGGGAACACAUUGUCGUCAUCGCAGAACACGAACACGCACCACAACGAAGUCGUCCAGAAGGUGCACGAUAUCUUCGAUCAUAUACCAGUAUUUGUCAAGCUUCUAGAAGAAGUCGCAAAGAUACAUCCUUUUAUACAUGUCGGCGUUCUCACUUUCAAGGCUUUCUACGUCUUGGAAAUGAAGCGCCGCAGCAAUGAGGAGAAGGUCGUUGCCGUUCUUGUUGAGGUUAGGGACAUGCUUGACGUCCUCGUUCAUCUCAAGAAGGUCGACCCGGGUACCCUGGAUGGAGAGGGCGUAACCAUCGAAGCUCGGAUGAAGAUUUUACUUGGAGCCACAGCUAAAGAGAUCAAGCAAUGCGCGAACGUCUGCGAUGCAUACUCAAAGACUAAGACGGUUGUCAAGGUGGUCAAAGGCCCCCUAUGGGAAGGCACGUUCAUCAACUAUGUCAAGCUAUUCGCAAAGCGUCGAGACGAGUUCAAAUUCAUGCUGUCGACCUACAUCGCCGUGAAGGUGAACGAGAUUGACCAGAAAAUGGACAAUCUCACUCGCAGUGUUGCAGAGAAGACGGACGUGAUCAUUAAUCUGUUACAGAACUUCAUUCCAGCAGAGCAGCAGGCCAUGCGCGACAAGGUGGAGCAGAAGGGCGGCGCAAGCGCCGUGUUACAUGACGAGGCCGUCUUACAUGAGCUAAUCACCACGGAAGCUCAAUCUGGUCCUGCGGGAAACAACCCGAAGCAGGCGGCUGGGAGGAUACGAGAUAGUAUCGAGGAGGUCAAGCGACAGCUCGACGACCCUGUAGUGGUCAUAGAGCGGAACCUUCAGUCGUUCGAGCGAAAAUUCGAGAUGCAGCAAAGGCAGAUCAUGGAAGAGAUGGAGAAGGUGAUUCAUCGAGAGUCCGAUCGUGUCAUUGAAUCGGUCAGAUCAGGGCCGCACGACAAGAUUGUAGACAAAGAUCUGCAUGCGAUCUGGCAGGACAUGGGGUGGCGAGGGAAUGCGAAGGCUCGAAAUCUCGUCUUGGCAAUCCGAGAUUUCUAUCAUGAAAGAGCCGAGGAUAAGCAUCGAGCCGAUAGUCCGCAUGAAUCUCCGCAAGAUUCCUGGGCUCUCCCAUGGAUUGCCGUCAAGAGGUUGCAGCCGAUUGUCGAGGCUUUCGACGACGACGCUUCAGGCUAUGUGACAAUCGCAAAGGUGAACAACUUCACGAAGUCACGACCGGUGGAUUGGAGUCUGUUGCGUUGGCUGGCAUUCUGGGCAGUCGGAUGGCAAAGCUCCGUUACUGCGUACCGCGACAAGAUACAUGAGCAAUUCAGUGCUAUGUUCGCGCUGAAAACCUCAGUUCAUACAGCCAAUCGCCGGAUAGUCGAACGAUAUCUGGACCAAGUUUGGCAGCCUAUCAUUCUCCUUACGUCGUCGUUCCAGUCCUAUACCACCACAGGCAAGAUGCAUUCCCGAUUCAAGGACUACAUUGAGGCCGAGGAGACCCGCGUAAAGCGCAAUCUGGAAGCUACAAGGUACCACAUCGAUGACCUCACCACGCUCUCCCUGGUCACCGGUCCUGGAAGGAUCGAGCAGUACCUGUUCCAAUUGAUCUACCUCAUCAUUAAACGCGACCUCGACGUCAUGCAACUGUGUCGAACCAGGGUUAUCAGUGAACGUGAACUCGAGGACUCUAUUCGUAGUUUGUGGCUAGUCAUGGCUGCUGUCGAUGAUAGGCACAAGGAGUUAGAAGAAACCUUUCGCCAUCAAAAUCUGGAUCCUGGUCAACAAUUCAAGAUCACCUAUUGCAAACUGUUUGAUCAUUAUCAUAAUCCAAGCAGCUUGUUCUCCCGAAAAGGUUUGGGAGAUAUCGGACAUUCAAAGAACAGCCACCACAAUAUCACCGACGUCCCGGGGAUCGAUGCGGGCACCGUACUUAAUCAUUCUCAUCAGGACACGGAUGAAUGGGAAGUCAGCCUCGACCGUGCAGCAUAUGACAUGGAUGACGUUCCGCACGUCGAUUGUACGGAAGCCUCAGAGUCCCUGAAGCCCGCCCUCGGCACUUGGCGUUGUCAUAUGUAUACGACCGACGACCACCUCAUCGCGCCAAUGUUCCUCCUUUCCAUUCGCGUCUCACCGACCGACCUUGGUAAAUUCGCGGCAUCUGGCGUCAUUCCUGGGUCAUCAAUGUUCGCCAACUUCAAGCUCGAAGGAGCUUACGAGCUUCAGGAAGGCGGCAGACCUGGCUACUCUUUCGUAAUGGAGUGCUCAGCACCAUUUGAAUCAAAGCGUUUCAACGGCUGCGUGAGCGAUGAUGGUAUGACGUUCUCCGGGACAUGGGGGUCAUCGUGGAAGGUUGUCGGCCGUUUCGUUUUCUCGCGACUUCCGCCGGAGAUCAUGCGCUACCGCCCGUCUCCCAUAGAUCUGCAGAGGAACAGGACCAAAGCCCUCUGGCGGUUUGUCUUGACAGCCACAAUGGGCGAAGUCGUCAGGAAGAAGUGGUCGUGGGACUUCUUCCGCCAGCGUCGCGAUUUCCGGAGACGCUAUUUGGACCUCCUCUUCCGAACAUCCUCUGGUAGACCUCUCGACGCCGACGAGGAGCAGGAAUUGUUAGAUAUCAAACGCGUUCUGACGCCAUCCGAUGCACGAUUUUACCAGUCGCUCUGCGACAUGCGUCACCAGACGGCUUGUCAUCACGGAGUGACAUGCGAUUCGUGUGGAGGAAUCAUCAGCGGUGCGCGCGUCGUAUGCCUCGACUGCGAUACGCAUGAGAAAUCGUUCAGUACAAUCGACCUCUGCGAGGACCAGCGCUGCAUGGCCGCUCAAGUGGGUCUCGACCGUCGGUCCGACCUACCCACACCGCAUUUACCGUCGCACAAUGUCCUCAAAACGCGGACCAUGAUCCACCUCAGAGACUUUGGCAAAGUCGAGCGUCAGGCAUUAGCUGCGCUUCAGCGCGCGACUGCUUCCUCUGCGGAGGUCGAGGAGCAGAAGCACGAAUUGAUCACGCAUAGGCUGGCGGGUGACCGCGGGCAGACUAGGAACAUAAAUUCGGGCGAACAGGUCUGCACUGCCUGCAAGGGAGCGCUCAUACGACCCUGCUGGUACUGCAUUGAAUGCGAAAAACAAGCUACCGACAAAGAAGAAUCGUUGGAGCACCGGUUGGACUUUUGGGAAAGCAAGUUGAUUGUAAUGGACAGUAGAAUUGAUGAACAGGGUUCUGAGAUGAACAGCAGGCUUGUUCAGCUCGAGAUGCGGUUAUCGAAGGUGGACAACCGACUCGCACAAGUCGACGAGCGGUUGGUUCACAUGGAGAGACUACUGGAGGCGGUCGCAUCGAGGCUUGAUUGA